AUGACAGAGAAUUAUAUACAGUAUAUACCAGUAUUUGAAAAAAAACCUGAUAUGCGUGAAAUUUUAAUUAAUCGACGAAACCAAAAGAUUAAAAUUGUUUUUAAAUGCAUAAGUGGUACGACAAUAUUGAAAAAAAAUAAAGUGCUCAUUAAUGGAAAUGAAACUUUUUCUUCCUUAUUAAUAUUCCUCAAAAGAAUAUUCAACAAAAAUGAUAAUAUAUAUUUAUAUAUCAACAAUAAUAUAAAACCGAACCUUGACGAUUAUAUUUAUGACCUAUACGAUUUGUAUCAAAUAUCAGGGAGUUUAAAUAUAUCUUAUAGUUUUACGCCAGCAUAUUAA